CUACUGCGCCCAACACAAACAAGAGAAAAGAAAUAGUCAUCACCUCUUAUUACUUGAAGCCACCCCAAUUGUUCAAAACGAAACUCCUAUUCGAGAUACACGAUACAUUAAAUAUAAAUACAUCUUUUAUAUGAUAUUUUUGAACACUCAAUUCCGUUAGUUUCAGAAUCCCAUAUUUAAUCCUAACAAAUAAAAAAAUACCAUUUUUAUAUUUUAUAUUUUAUAUUUUAUUUUGAUAUUUUCACAAGGCCAUUUAAUUAAAUAAAAAUUUUGAUCAUUCUAUAGGGAACGGAAAUGAAGGGGUCUCUCCCCUUUUUGUGGGUCGGAUCUUCUCUUGUUGUUGUACUUAUACAACUGUCACAUCUCAUCCUUCUCUUGAACCAUUCUCAUCAUCAUAACCUUAUUCAUUCAUUAUAGUUAAAGCAAUCAACUUUCUUCAUCUUCAUCUCUUUUUUGUUUUUGUUUUUGUUUUCAACUUCAAAUUCAUUCAUCCAUCAGGUAUGUGAUGAUCAUAUAGUUUAAUUUAUUUGUUGUGUUAUUUAUAUAUAUAUAUAUAUAGAUCAGAUUCAAUGGAAGAUAGAAAGUUUGUGUGCAAAUAUUGCUUGAAGAGGUUUCCUUGUGGAAAGUCUCUUGGUGGUCACAUCAGAACACAUAUGAGUGAAGAAAGAAACAAUGCUGCUGCUUCUGCUUCUGCUUCUGCUUCUGCUUCUGCUUCUGCUGCUGCUUAUAGUGACAUUUUCAAGUUUGAUUGUGUGAAAAAGAAGAGAGAUUUAGCUUCUGAAGAAGCUGUUGGUGGUAAUGGAAAUCCAAUUUAUGGUCUUAGAGAAAAUCCCAAGAAAACAACCAGGUUUGUGCAUUCUGCAACAACUUUGGAAAAUGAAAUGAUCAAAUUCUGCAAAGAAUGUGGAAAAGGGUUUCCUUCAUUGAAAGCACUUUGUGGUCACAUGGCUUCUCAUUCUGAGAAAGAGAAAAAGAUUGACAAGGAAAAAUUGGUUAUUGAUACUGAUGAAUCUGAUGAUGAUGACGACAACGACGACAAUACUGAUGAUGAUGAUGAUACUUGUGAUACAACAACAACAAUGAAUCUAAGGAAAUCAAAGAGAAUGAGGUUCAAGUCUUUAACUUUUUCUAAUCUUCAAUCUUCUUCUGUUAAUGGUUCUUCAUCUGUGUCAGAGGUGGAACAGGAACAAGAAGAGGUUGCUAUGUGUUUGAUGCUUUUGUCUAAAGAUUUUAGCCAAAAGGGUCGUUUUGGUUCUGAGUCUUCUGAUAAUAACUCUGUUGUUUUAGAGACAAAAUCAAAAGCUUCUUCUCAUGCUGCUGCUAAGAUUGUUAUCAGGAAAAAUGGCAGUAACAAAUUUGUGUCUAAUAAUGAUGUUCAUGAGUUUGUGGAGAAUAAGAAGAAGGUUGUUAAGGAUAUGAAGUUAAAGUCUGUUGUUGGAAUUGGUGUUUCCAAUGAUUCAGAUUCAAGGAAUUUUAGAUAUAGUUCAAAGAUUAAAUUUUUGGAAUCAUCCAAUGCUUCAAACUGUGAAUUCAAGAGGCCAAAAAUGGAAGAAGAAAAAUCUGGAUUUGAUGAUUUCAGAAGAAGCAAAUGCAAUGUAACUAUGUUUAAGAAAUCAGGGGUAAAGGAUUUGGAUCAUAGUGUUAAGAAAAAUGAAAGUACAGCAAGAAAAAUUGAUUCAAGAAAGAAAGAUAACUAUGAAGAAGGAUUUGGCUUUAAAAACAAUGAAAAAAGCAAUGAGAAUGGUAGAAAAAGUUGGAAAUAUGAGUGUUUUGAUAGUGAAAAAAAAGACAAUGAUUGUUAUGAUUAUUCAACAAGUGAAGAGAGUGAUGAAAACAGUUCAGAAAGUGAUUCAUUUACUGCUGCAAAGUCUCAUCAUAACAAUAAAGCUGUGAAAAGAAAGAAAUCAAGCAAAGGUAAGAAGAAGUUGAAGUCAAAGAAGAGCAAAGAAUAUGAGUGUCCAAUUUGCUACAAAAUUUUCAGGUCAGGACAAGCAUUAGGAGGACAUAAAAGAUCACAUUUUGUUGGAGGAUCUGAAGAGAACACUUUGGUGAUUAAACAAGGUGCUCCAUGCUUGAUUGAUCUUAAUCUACCUGCUCCUAUUGAUGAAUAAAGAAAAGGGUAUUUUUGUUUUUAUUUUUAUUUUUAUUUUUACUUUUACAUCAUUUUGAAGCAUCUUCUACUGAGGUACCUUGAUGAAUAUUUCGAAUUUUAAGAUUUUUUUGUUGUUGUCAUUAUCCCAUAUGAUGAAAGCAAUUGCAAUGUACAGCCAGCCAUGUGGGUAAAAUGAUUUAUAUUUUGUGUUCUUUAAUGCUUUAGUAUAUCUUUUAUUUUGUAGGAAAUAGUUGUUUUUAAUUACUUUCUUGUUAAUAAUGGAACAUGACAAUUUGGUAGUUUUUUCAUUA